AUGUCGGUUAAAAUUACAGAGUUUGUUAAGCGACCUGGUGUAGGUCGUGAAGGUCGUCCUUUGAAAGUCAGAGCCAAUUUUUUUGAAGUUACAUCUUUACCCGACUCAAACGUUCAUCACUAUGACGUAACUAUCACACCAGAGGUCCCUCCCUCAUUAAACAGAAGAAUUUAUUGCGAGUUUGAGGCUCUAAAUGACAAUAUCCUUGCUUCCGCAAAGCCUGUUUUCGACGGUCGCAAAAAUAUUUACUCUCCUAAACCGUUAUCUUUUGGCGAAACCGAUGCCGCUACAUUCGAUAUAACUCUUCCUGAGGAUGACGGUGCUCCAUUGGGAAAAAGACCUCCUCGUGCUUUUAAAGUCAAAAUUAAGAAGGCUGCUGUUAUCAAUAUGGAAGAAUUACAUAGGUUUCUUGACGGAAAAUGCAAAUCAUCGCCUAAUAUUUUAACAGGAAUUAUGGCACUGGAUGUUUUAAUCCGUCAUAAACCAUCAAUGAUGCAUGUAACACACAAGGACGAUGAGAUUAUGUAUGCUACAGUCGGCAGGUCGUUUUAUACGAAUCAAAUAUCUCAAUCUCUUUAUGGUGGUGCCGAAGUAUGGCAGGGAUAUUAUCAAUCUGCCAGGCCUGCACCGAAAAAGAUGAUGAUAAAUGUUGAUGUGAGCGCUACUGCUUUUUAUGAAAGUGGUAGUUUAGUACAAAUGGUUGUUAAAUUACUCGGCAAACGUCAUCCUGAUGACCUUAGGAGGGGAAUUCCAGAUAGGGAUCGUGUAAAACUUGAGAAGGCUUUAAAGAAUGUAAAAAUUCGCGUUACUCAUCGCGAAAAUGCCUCCAAACGUUCGUUUAAGAUUGUUAAAUUAACUAAUACCCCAGCAUCUGGCACAAAAUUCGAAAUUGAGGGUAAAAAGACUGAUGUUGCUUCAUACUUUCAAAAGACUUACAAAAGACCAUUACAAUAUCCAUUUCUUCCAUGCGUCAUCGUCCGAAAAGACACAUCUUUACCAAUAGAAGUAUGUGAGGUUAUCAAGGGUCAGCGACAUAUCCGCAAAUUGAACGAAAGACAGACAGCCGAUAUGAUUAAGUUUACUUGUCAGCAGCCACAUGUCCGUGCAAAUAAAAUUAUUCAAGGUCUAGAAAUUCUUAACUAUCGAGAAAACGAGUAUAUGAGGAGAUUUGGGUUGCAAGUAUCUGAAGAAAUGGUCGUAGUUCCAGCCAGAGUAUUACCUGCUCCAAAAAUACAGUAUCAUCCUUCUUCUCGUGAGGCUGCCUUCAUCCCAAAGGAUGGGACAUGGAAUUUGCGCGAUAAAAAAGUUGCUACUGGUGCCACCCUUGGUUCAUGGGCAUGCGUUGCCUUUGGAAAUUAUGAAUUGGAAGCCGUUCAGCAUUUCAUUAGAGAAUUGGUAAAUACUUGUCAAGAUACCGGGAUGAAUAUUCCAAAUAAGAAUCCACCUAUUCAGCAAGGAAAUCCAAUGGGAAAUAUUGAACAGAUUAUGAGGCAAGCCUGGGUCAAGGCUGGAAAUAUGUCCAAAUCACCGCCUCAAUUAAUUGUAUGUGUCCUUCCGAAUACUGGCGUACCUUUGUACGCUGAAAUAAAGCGUGUUAGUGAUACAGUGAUAGGUGUAGCGACCCAAUGCGUUCAAUCGAAGCACAUAUUUCAAGCCAAAAAACAAUAUUGUGCGAACGUGUGCCUGAAAAUGAAUGUUAAACUCGGGGGCAUGAAUUCGUUCAUUGAACCAAGUCUAGUUCCAUUUAUUUCACAACGUCCCACCAUUUUAAUGGGUGCUGACGUUACUCAUCCUGCUCCUGGGGGUGAUGAGUCUCGUCCAUCCAUUGCUGCUCUAUGUGCUUCAAUGGACGCAAAAGCAUCUCGUUAUGCUGCUUCGAUUCGCGUUCAAGCAGGAAAAAAAGAAAUCAUUUCUGACUUGUCCGGUAUGGUGAAAGAAUUAUUAAAGACCUUCUAUCAGACCUGCGGAAGGAAACCAGAACGCAUUUUAUUUUAUCGAGAUGGUGUCUCAGAGGGACAAUUCGAACAAGUACUCGAAUUUGAAAUCGAUGCAGUGAGAGCCGCAUGUAAGUCACUAGAUGCGAACUACAAACCAACCAUAACCUUUGUGAUUGUGCAAAAACGUCAUCACGCCCGAUUUUUCCCCAUGGAUAGAAAGGAUUCCGAUCGAACAGGCAAUUGUCUCCCCGGUACAGUUGUUGAAUCGGUGAUAACACAUCCUUUUGAAUUCGACUUCUACCUCCAGAGUCAUGCAGGUUUGCAAGGAACUUCACGUCCAACCCAUUAUCAUGUGUUGUAUGACGAAAACCGAUUUACUGCGGAUACACUUCAAAAGCUAUCUUAUCACUUGUGUUAUGUUUUUGCUCGAUGCACUCGUUCAGUCUCACUAGUCCCACCGGUGUAUUAUGCUCAUUUAGUUUGUAGUAGAGCUAGAUUCCACUCGCGUGGUGAAAAUUGGAGUGAUCAAGAUUCAGAAAGUGGUGGUUCGGUAUCAAGUUAUGGUAUGGUAAAACCAGAAUUGCAAAAGUUAAAUUAUUAUUGA